CGCCAGCGACACGGCGAUAGACGGAACCGUGUCCGAGAGAGCGCCACGAGACCAAGGGCAGCAGCGUGCACGUGGCGGCGUGACGCGAGACGCUGUCACGACCCCCACGAGCCUCGCACCCCGCCCCCAUGGCCACUCCCCGUGUGCCGGUAAGUGACGCGCCGCGCGGACUCCCGGAAUCCGUGCGCCGAGCUCCCAGCGCACUCCCCGCCGAUCACGGAGGGAGCGAGAGAGGCGUCGAGGCAGACGAGAGUGACAGGACGCGUCAUAGAGGGAGAGGAAGCGUGACUGACAGACAGGGAAAUAGAGACAGGCUAAGAGUCACAGAGAGAGAGAGAGAGACUCAGAGGGAGCCAGAGACGCGGAGGGCCCUCUUGAGUGACCGGAAGAAUAAGAGACGCGCGCCCUGGUGCGUCUGACCACCCCCACCUGCCUCACCUGCGCAGGUGCUAGGCGAUUUCACCUGACAUUCCCAGCGCCCAGCUCCCUGCGGGAACAGAUCAAGGGAUGAGUGGGGGGAGGCACAAGCCCCGCCUGGGUCCCUGGCUCGUGGCCCAGGUGGAUGGAGGCCGCUACCCGGGCCUGCUGUGGCUCGACGACUCCAAGACGCAGUUCCGGGUGCCCUGGCCGCAGGUGUGCAGAGGGGACGCGGCCAAUGAGCCGUGUGCUCUGUACAGGGCGUGGGCGGUGACCUCGCGUAAGUUCCAGGAGGAUCGCGACGCGCCCGACCCCCCCAAGUGGAAGACGAACCUCCGCUGUGCCCUCAACAAGAGCCGCGACUUCCGCUGCGUGCUCGACGCCUCCAAGGAGACGCCGCCCUACAAGGUGUACGAGUGGUGCGCGCACGUGCCGCACGGCGGGGCACAGGCGCCGGGCAUCAAGGAGCCAAAAGAGGAGGAGGAGGAGGAGGACGAGGAUGAGAACGGGGUGAGCUCCACCGAGCCCACGACGAGUCCGGAGUCGCUCCCCCCCUACACUCCGAGCAUCGACUACGGCAUCCCCAGCGAGAAUCCGGAGCUGAACAAGAACAUUGAAAUGCUGACGCUGGUGGACGAUCAAGGCCCGCCGCCCCCCCCCCACUGGGAGCGAGGCCCCUCUUCGUUCGGCCUGAGCCCCGAGCGCCCCACAGAGGCGACGAGGAUGAUUGGGGCCCCCCUCGGGGAGCCCCCCGCCCUCUCGGCGACCCACCUCGACCCGGAAGUGUGCGUGCCCCCCGUGGACGUGCCCAUGCCGGAUGAGGGGGGGGGCUUCCGAGCGCUCCCCCAGAUCUGCCUGCCUCCAGAGACAGACCUGGAGCUGCAGAUGGAGUACCGCGGGGCGUGCGUCAUGGCCCCCGUCACGGUGCGAGGCGGCAGAGGCUGCCGCCUCUACAGCGGCGACCUCGACCUGCAGAGGGACAUCGCCCCCCAGUACAACGGCCUCCUGGGCCCCAUGGAGUACGAGCAGAUCGCGUUCCCGUCGCCCGCGUGCAUCACGGAUGGGAGGCAGCGGGAGCUCACGGAGCGCGUGCUGCGCUUCACCGAGCGGGGCCUGGUGCUGGAGGCACGGGGGGGCCGCCUGCUGGCCACGCGGCUGGGCCAGAGCCGCGUGUUCUGGUCGCGGGGCCGCGUGGCGCCUGGGGGGCCCACGCCCCCUCCGUGCCUCCUGGAGAGAGAGACCCCCACGGAGCUGCUCGACUUCCAGGCCUACAUCACGGAGCUGCUGGCGUGCCUGCAGAAUGGAGGGGGCGCGGAGUUCCCUGACCCCCGCGUGCUGCUCUGCUUCGGGGAGGAGUGGCCGGACCCACAGCGGCCUCGGCACAAGAAGCUCAUCAUGGUGCAGGUGGUGCCCACAGCCAUGCGCAUGCUGCGCGAGUUGGCAGAGGGAGCUCCACUCUGCUCCAUAUCGCUCAACUCGGACCAGCUUCAGAUCUCAGAGCAGAACGAGAACGACAACAUCGUGGCCUAUCUCAGGUUCCGCCUGCAACAACAUCAGCAGCAACAGCAGCAACAGCAGGAGCAGCAACAGCUGAUGCAGCAACAGCAGCAGCACCAGCAGCGGCUGGAGCUACAGCAACAGCUGGAGGAACUACAGCAGAAUCAAAUGCAGCAGCUGCACCUACAGCUGAUUUAGCAACUGAAGCAGUAACAGCAGCAGCAUUGUUCGGCCAUGUGAAAGCACAUGGGUUGGAGCUGUCGUAUUAUUGAUCCCCACAAAGUAGUUUUGUUUUAAACUCCCUGGACAAGGGAUGGGCUGGGACCGGGGUUUAUAGUGGAGCACAACAAGGUAUACCCCCCCCCCCACCCCAUACUGCCCCAUCCUAUCACCCGUAGACUCUAGAGCCAGAUACCGUUAGCGAGCACUUCAGGUACUGCCACACGCACAUACAUACAGAACACGCACACACAUACAGACACGCGCACACACACAGACACACGCACACAUAU